GGAAAAGAGAGAGGAAAUGGCUGAUGUGUUCGGUGGUGUUGAAGGGUGAGUCUCUAAUAAAGCGUUUUUAUCGUUUUUAUACUGUAAUAAUUUGAAUGGAAACGUGUUAUCAAACAGAUGCAGUGCAGAACUGAUUAGGGCAAAAGGCUGUGCUGUUGUUUGAUUGCCACAUAGAAAAUAAACCAGUCUGACUAAACUCUACACCAACGAUUAAUCGGAAAACUUCCUUCACCAGGGAGUGGAGUUUAGUCAGCUAAAAUAAACCAUGCUUUCGUGACAAUUUUGCAAGACGGAAAGUCAUCAAAUUAGUGAGAGGUUUUGUCUUCUCUCUUAUCAAUAUUUUUAAGGAAAAGCUUGCAAUUAAUUUGAUUUGUAUGUAUGUAUGUAUGUAUGUGUGUAUGUGUGUGUAUGUGUGUGUAUGUGUGUGUAUGUGUGUGUAUGUGUGUGUAUGUGUGUGUAUGUGUGUGUGUGUGUGUAUGUGUGUGUGUGUGUGCGUGUGUGUGUGUGUGUGUGUGUGUGCGUGUGUGUGUGUGCGUGUGUGUGUGUGUGUGUGCGUGUGUGUGUGUGCGUGUGUGUGUGCGUGUGUGUGUGUGUGCGUGCGUGUGUGUGCGCGCGUGUGUGUGUCCUCUCUAUUGUAACAGUGGUGGGACCCACUCUAAGGCGGUGUUGGUCUCUGAGAAUGGGAAGAUCCUUUCAGAGACCGACGGCCCAUCAACCAACCACUGGGUGAGAUGACAGAUCUAGGAUCAGUUUACCAUAUUACCCAUCCUGAUGUUAACUGUUAGGAGGUUAAAGUAAAGCUCACCUCAGAUCAGCCGAAGACCCCUCAACCAACCACUGGAUGAGACCACAGAACUGCUAGUUCAUUUACAUUUACGUCAUUUAGCAGACGCUCUUAUCCAGAGCGACUUACAAAUUGGUGCAUUCACCCUAUAGCCAGUGGGAUAACCACUUUACAAUUAUAAUUAUUAUAAAAUUAUUUUUAUAGUUUUUUUUUCUUUUUUUAACACUGUUAUGAUGAAAGAGAGUAGGAUGGAAUGUUUGACUUGCGCAGGAACACACAGGAAAUGAGUUCCGGCACCUCAAAUGUUCUACUACUUGAGUUCCUGCAACCCUCUUGUAGAUUAUUGGCUUAGAAAUAUUAUCCAGCAUCUAAAUAAAAAACAUAAUCGGCAUCUAUUUCAGUCUACUUCAACCACUUGUAAGUGCUGGUCUGAAGUCAGCUUUGUGUUUUACCCUCUUAAUGGUUAAGGUCAGGAUUUAGAGAGGGUAAGCUGGUCUUAGAUAUGUGCAUAGAAGUGUGAAGAAAGAGGAAGUUAAGCUUCUAUUAAAGUCAUGAGUGGGUCUUGAACACUAUCCACUUCUCCUGAAACGUUUCGUGAGUGAUGACUGCAUGUGUUGUGUUGUCUUUCAGUUGGUGAGUGAUGACUGCAUGUGUUGUGUUGUCUUUCAGUUGGUGGGUGAUGACUAUAUGUGUUGUGUUGUCUUUCAGUUGGUGAGUGAUGACUAUAUGUGUUGUGUUGUCUUUCAGUUGGUGAGUGAUGACUGCAUGUGUUGUGUUGUCUUUCAGUUGGUGAGUGAUGACUGCAUGUGUUGUGUUGUCUUUCAGUUGGUGAGUGAUGACUGCAUGUGUUGUGUUGUCUUUCAGUUGGUGAGUGAUGACUGCAUGUGUUGUGUUGUCUUUCAGUUGGUGGGUGAUGACUAUAUGUGUUGUGUUGUCUUUCAGUUGGUGAGUGAUGACUAUAUGUGUUGUGUUGUCUUUCAGUUGGUGAGUGAUGACUGCAUGUGUUGUGUUGUCUUUCAGUUGGUGAGUGAUGACUGCAUGUGUUGUGUUGUCUUUCAGUUGGUGAGUGAUGACUGCAUGUGUUGUGUUGUCUUUCAGUUGGUGGGUGAUGACUAUAUGUGUUGUGUUGUCUUUCAGUUGGUGAGUGAUGACUAUAUGUGUUGUGUUGUCUUUCAGUUGGUGAGUGAUGACUGUAUGUGUUGUGUUGUCUUUCAGUUGGUGAGUGAUGACUAUAUGUUGUCUUUCAGUUGGUGAGUGAUGACUGUAUGUGUUGUCUUUCAGUUGGUGAGUGAUGACUGUAUGUGUUGUCUUUCAGUUGGUGAGUGAUGACUGCAUGUGUUGUGUUGUCUUUCAGUUGGUGAGUGAUGACUAUAUGUUGUCUUUCAGUUGGUGAGUGAUGACUGUAUGUGUUGUCUUUCAGUUGGUGAGUGAUGACUGUAUGUGUUGUCUUUCAGUUGGUGAGUGAUGACUGUAUGUGUUGUCUUUCAGUUGGUGAGUGAUGACUGCAUGUGUUGUGUUGUCUUUCAGUUGGUGAGUGAUGACUAUAUGUUGUCUUUCAGUUGGUGAGUGAUGACUGUAUGUGUUGUCUUUCAGUUGGUGAGUGAUGACUGCAUGUGUUGUGUUGUCUUUCAGUUGGUGAGUGAUGACUAUAUGUUGUCUUUCAGUUGGUGAGUGAUGACUGUAUGUGUUGUCUUUCAGUUGGUGGGUGUUGACAAGUGUAUCGAGGAAAUCAACAACAUGGUCCAGAGAGCCAAGAAAGAAGCGGGGCUAAACCCAGACAUACCUCUCCGCUCUCUGGUGAAUCAACUAAUGAUUUUAAUGUCAAAAAUCUAAUCUAAUGCCUAAUAUAUACCAUUAACCAACUCGGUUGAUUCUCAGUUAGCUACUCAAAAUGACGAUCCUGAGCACUUGCAUCGAGUUUAUAAUUUGCUACGCAUCUACACAGAAUCACCUUUUUGUGAAGCUAAUUGUAGCUCUUGGGUUGUGUAUUGUGUAGGCUAAUAGUUACUAAGGCUUAAGGUCAAUUCCAUGUAAAAGGACACAUGAGCACCAACAUGUGAAAUUCAUAGGAGCAUGUCAAAUUGGGUGCUAAGAGUCUAUAUUUUUAUAUAAAUUAUUUCAACAAUUUUCCAUCCUAAAAAUGAGGAAUAAUCAAAGGCUUUGAUUUCUUGUCAAACAGAUGGAAAAUGGAUCUUAGAACACAUCUACCAGAAAAAGUAUUAACAAGUAUUAGAAAUACAUCAAAACACAAUAAUGGUGAAGACCUGUGACAACUAAUAUCAACACUUAUAUUUAGUGUUGUAUCAUUUUUUCUGCCUUCUGUAACUUUAAGAAACAUUGCCUUGUGCCUUGAAAUUCCGUUACCAAAAACCCUAAUAUCUUUAAGAUAUUUUCUAAUUUCUCUCCCUCGUGAAGAGGGAGGAUAAUGAAAAUUCACAGAAGUAACAAGUAAAGGUAUACCUAUUAAUUACUUAUAUUGUUUUUACUGACAUAGAUUUUGUGUAUGAAUUAUUAAAUGAUUAAAAGUAAAUUCUGUUACCAAAUCAGUAACAGAAUUUCUGCAAUUUAUUUGGCUACAAUAGGAAAUCAUAGUAGUCACCAACCCCAGUUGGGUCACCUGCUACUGUCCUCCCUUCCACUGGCAUACUGUUAUGUUCAGCUGAUAACUCUGUUGUUUGUAUUUCUGUCAUCUGGUGGUCAAAGCGAGAUGGUGAAAAGUUCUCUCUCUCUCUCUCUCUCUCUCACUCUCACUCUCACUCUCACUCUCACUCUCACUCAUACAUAACCCCCCUAUUUAGGAUAAAUCACCAUUAAGAGAAAGACAUUAAUAUGCAUUUCUGUGUAGUACAGAUCAGGUACCCAUGAUGUCAUUCCAUUACCACAAUUCUGUUACACUUCACUUACUGUAGUUCAAUAACCAAAAUAGAUUUUUUCAAAACUCAAGUUGUCAUGUCAUAGCUGACUCCCCAUUCUUUCUGCAGACAUCUUUGAAUCUUAAUUCAGAGCAGAUAUUUAUGAGUUUUGGGAAAACGUGGUCACAUAAAAAAACGGAGGGAGAUUUUACCAAACUUUGCAUCUGCGCAGUUCUUCCAGUAAAUGUGUUUUUGUAAAAUAUUCGGUGUAAAUUGUUUAAAAUAGUCCUUGUGCAUAGAGUUGUAUGGUUUGUUAAAAUUUGAAAUCAGUGGUUUUUGUUAAGUGAAGAAUCUGAGUCUCAGCGCAAUUCCGUUAGCGUGUAAUUGCCUCUUUACUAAGUAGGCUUAACUGAACUAUUAUUACAACUUGUAAUAUCUUGGUCUCCCAGGGAAUGUCUCUAAGCGGAGGAGAACAGAAAGAUGCUAUAGACAAGAUCAUCUGUGAGAUGAAGAAGAGGUUUCCUAAACUCAGCAGUGACUAUUACAUCACCACAGAUGCCAUCGGUGCCAUGGCAACAGCCAGCGACCAGGGUAACGGAAUCAUCUUUUUAACAUAACUUUAUUUAAAGUGAUCAAUUAGGAUUUGAAAGAAUGAUUUAAUAUGAUCAAUAGCCAGCAUCAGAAGUGAAUCUUUAAUCUGGGUGUGGUGUCCUUCGCUUUAUUGUUGAAAGGAAUGUUCACUGUCGUCAUAUAACUGUGUAAUAUAACUUCACUCCUCCCUCCAUCUCUCUCUACCCGCCCAGCCCUCCUCGCCAUCGCCUCUACCCCCUUCAGCCGCUCCCUCCAAGGCCCUCCCUCCCCCCACGGCUUACUCCCACAGACCGCCCUCCCCUCCAUCACUGGCUCCCCAGAGCACCCUCGGCGGCCCAAGCCAGAAGAAAGAGAGAGCGAGCACCCCCUCCCCCAGGCGAGAAAGCCGGACCGAUCUCUCCACUCCCCCAGGCGCCAUUCUCUCUACCUCCCUUCCUCUUCUCCAUCUCUCUCUACCUCCCUUCCUCUCUCCAUCUCUCUCUACUCCCUCCUCUCCAUCUCUCUCUACCUCCCUUCCUCCCUCCAUCUCUCUCUACCUCCCUUCCUCCAUCUCUCUACCUCCCUUCCUCCUCCAUCUCUCUCUACCUCUCCCUAUAGGAGGUAUAGUGUUAAUCAGUGGGACUGGUUCUAACUGUAAGCUGGUGAACCCAGAUGGAAGUCAGGUCGGCUGUGGAGGCUGGGGUCAUAUGAUGGGGGACGAAGGGUCAGGUAGCUAUGACGACAACAAUCCACAUAAACAGAAGUCCAAUAAACUGAUACAACUCCUCUCUUCUCUCAUGGUCACCUCUCUGUUUUCCCACUCUUUUCCUCCAUUCAUCCUACUGUCUCUCUUUCUCCAUCCCUUUUAGCCGUUGAACUCUCUUCCCUCUCUCCGUCAGCGUUCUGGAUCUCCCACCUGGCAGUGAAGACGGUGUUCGAUGCCAAAGACAACCUGGCCACGCCCCCUCAUGAUGUCACUCACGUGAAGAAGGUCAUGGAGGAGUACUUCCAGGUGAGAGGUCAACAGGAAGUACAACAGGAAAUUCAAUUGAGGACAGGCUUAACUGAAUGACAACAGAGACAGAAUGCAAUAUGGAAUUUCAUUGAAUAGUUUGGGGUAGGCCUCGUCUCCAAGGAAUGCCCCUCAGAACCAGAUGCUGAUGACCGGUUGCCCUAAACGAGGUUCCGAUGAUAGUCCUUCAGUUGGUGGUGGGGAGGUGGAAGGUUGUUGGAAGACUGUUGCUGCAAAAGAGCAAGUGGGAAACAAAAGGUUUGAGUUGACAUAUAUAUACUCCCCUAGAUUUAUGCCCAUUGGUUGAAAGGAAAGAAAGUGAUUAUUGCACCUGUGAGUCCAUCGGUUAAUCAGCGAGUGAGUUGGAAUUGCCUUAGUGUGCCAUGCUCAUAGGCUGAAAUGAAUUGGUGAAUGACAUUCCGCACACUUGCUAAUAGUAAAGCAGGAGGAAAGACAUGACGCUAUGCUAAUAAGCUAACAUUAUUGUUAUGAUGAGUUUCUCGGGUAUCAAGUAAUCGAGGAUGUAAGGAUAUACUUAGACACUUUUGAUGGAGAGUUCCUAUAAGUAUUUAAUAGCCACCAUGGUUCGUUAUAACAGAAGGACAGGGCUCUGCCUCUUGCUAUUCCGAACUCACUUAGAACAAAGAACAUAUCUCAUCUUAUAUACACUCUGUUAUACGUUUCUUCACGAACAUCUGUUAACCAUCAAUGGGCACUCCCUUCUUUGAUGUUAUUACCCUUUACCCCAAGUCAUUAUAUCCUGUCCAUCAAUCAUGCUAUCAUAAACAUCAGUGAUCUCCUUUGACAUAACGCAAUGCAGACUCUGUUUCACCAAGCCACUUAUCUACUAACUCUAACCUGGUCCACAACACUAUGAAAACAUAAUAUCAAUUAUGACACUACUAUAUAAAUACCUGCUAUGCUAAUAAGGUAACAUUAUGACACUACUAUAUACAUACCUGCUAUGCUAUUAAGGUAACAUUAUGACACUACUAUAUAAAUACCUGCUAUGCUAAUAAGGUAACAUUAUGACACUACUAUAUAAAUACCUGCUAUGCUAAUAAGGUAACAUUAUGACACUACUAUAUAAAUACCUGCUAUGCUAAUAAGGGAACAUUAUGACACUACUAUAUAAAUACCUGCUAUGCUAAUAAGGUAACAUUAUGACACUACUAUAUAAAUACCUGCUAUGCUAAUAAGGUAACAUUAUGACACUACUAUAUAAAUACCUGCUAUGCUAAUAAGGUAACAUUAUGACACUACUAUAUAAAUACCUGCUAUGCUAAUAAGGUAACAUUAUGACACUACUAUAUAAAUACCUGCUAUGCUAAUAAGGUAACAUUAUGACACUACUAUAUAAAUACCUGCUAUGCUAUUAAGGGAACAUUAUGACACUACUAUAUAAAUACCUGCUAUGCUAAUAAGGUAACAUUAUGACACUACUAUAUAAAUACCUGCUAUGCUAAUAAGGUAACAUUAUGACACUACUAUAUAAAUACCUGCUAUGCUAAUAAGGGAACAUUAUGACACUACUAUAUAAAUACCUGCUAUGCUAAUAAGGUAACAUUAUGACACUACUAUAUAAAUACCUGCUAUGCUAAUAAGGUAACAUUAUGACACUACUAUAUAAAUACCUGCUAUGCUAAUAAGGUAACAUUAUGACACUACUAUAUAAAUACCUGCUAUGCUAAUAAGGUAACAUUAUGACACUACUAUAUAAAUACCUGCUAUGCUAAUAAGGUAACAUUAUGACACUACUAUAUAAAUACCUGCUAUGCUAAUAAGGUAACAGUAUGACACUACUAUAUAAAUACCUGCUAUGCUAAUAAGGUAACAUUAUGACACUACUAUAUAAAUACCUGCUAUGCUAAUAAGGUAACAGUAUGACACUACUAUAUAAAUACCUGCUAUGCUGCUGAGGUAAAUAGGAAGCAAUGUGAAUUAAGUGACAAGCCAUUCACUUGUCACUUAUAAAUCGUCUAGUAAACACAAUAUACAUUAUGUUUGAGUUGUAGAACACUAAGGUAACCUGCCUAAAUGACUCUGUGCCCAAGAACACUAAGGUAACCUGCCUAAAUGACUCUGUGCCCAAGAACACUAAGGUAACCUGCCUAAAUGACUCUGUGCCCAAGAACACUAAGGUAACCUAAUCUCUAUUGCGCUCCACACUGCCCUUUCACACCUGGACAAAAGGAACACCUAUGUGAGAAUGCUAUUCAUUGACUACAGCUCAGCGUUCAACACCAUAGUGCCCUCAAAGAUCAUCACUAAGCUAAGGACCCUGGGACUAAACACCUCCCUCUGCAACUGGAUCCUGGACUUCCUGACGGGCCGCCCCCAGGUGGUAAGGGUAGGUAACAACACAUCCACCACGCUGAUUCUCAACACUGGGGCCCCUCAGGGGUGCGUGCUCAGGCCCCUCCUGUACUCUCUGUUCACUCAUUACUGCAUGGCCAGGCACGACUCCAACACCAUCAUUAAGUUUGCCGAUGACACAACAGUGGUAGGCCUGAUCACCGACACGAGACAGCCUAUAGGGAGGAGGUCAGAGACCUGGCCGUGUGGUGCCAGGACAACAACCUCUUCCUCAACGUGAUCAAGACAAAGGAGAUGAUUAUGGACUACAGGAAAAAGAAGAGGGCCGAGCACGCCCCCAUUCUCAUCGACGGGGCUGUAGUGGAGCAGGUUGAGAGCUUCAAGUUCCUUGGUGUCCUCAUCACCAACAAACUAACAUGGUCCAAGCACACCAAGACAGUCGUGAAGAGGGCACGACAAAACAUAUUCCCCCUAAGGAGACUGAAAAGAUUUGGCAUGGGUCCUCAGAUCUUCAAAUGGUUCUACAGCUGCACCAUCGAGAGCAUCCUGACUGGUUGCAUCACUGCCUGGUAUGGCAACUGCUCGGCCUCCGACCGCAAGGCACUACAGAGGGUAGUGCGUACGGCUCAGUACAUCACUGGGGCCAAGCUUCCUGCCAUCCAGGACCUCUAUACCAGGCGGUUCAGAGGAAGGCCCUAAAAAUGGUCAAAGACUCCAGACUCCCUAGUCAUAGACUGUUCGCUCUGCUACCGCACAGCAAGUGGUACCGGAGCGCCAAGUCUAGGUCCAAGAGGCUUCUAAACGGCUUCUACCCCCAAGCCAUAAGACUCCUGAACAUAUAAACAAAUGGCUACCCAGACUAUUUGCAUUGCCCCCCCCCCCCUCAUCUUUUACACUGCUGCUACUCUCUGUUUAUUAUCUAUGCAUAGUCACUUUAAUAACUCUACCUACAUGUACAUAUUACCUCAUUUACCUCUACUAACCGGUUCCCCCGCACAUUGACUCUGUACCGGCACCCCCUGUAUAUAGCCUCGCUAUUGUUAUUUUUACUGCUGCUUUUUAAUUAUUUGUUACUUUUUAUUUCUUAUUAUUUUAUAUUGUAUUUUUUUGUGAUUCUUUUUGGUUUUCUUUCUUAACUGCAUUGUUGGUUAAGGGCUUGUAAGUAAGCAUUUCACCUGUUGUAUUCGGCGCAUGUGACAAAUAAAAUGUGAUUUGAUUUGAUUUAGUUCAUCUGACCUCUAUCUUUCUCUCUCUCUCUCUCUCCUUCCCUCUCUCUGUUUUUCCAGGUAUCAGACUUGAUGGGGAUGCUCCCUCAUCUCUACAGAAACUUCCAGAAGUCUCACUUUGCUGGGCUCUGCCAGAAAUUAGCUUUAGGUUUGUUUUCCUCCUAUUUUCACUCUCCCAACAGCAUAAGUGUUUGGACCGGAGUCACGGUAUUGCAUGGGUUUAAUCAACCUCAGAUCCGAUAAUAGAUAUUUUGUAUUAAUCUGUAAACCUUGAUUAUGGUGAGUUACAGGGGCUGUGGCUGGUGAUGCUCUGUGUCAACAUGUGUUCACCCAGGCAGGCAAGGUCCUGGCCCAGCACAUAGUGGCUGUGCUACCUAAAGCGCAACAGGUGAGGCACAGACACGCACACAUUGUACCCAUAUACAGUGCAUUCGGCAAGUAUUCGGACCCCUUUACUUUUUACACAUUUUGUUACAGCUUAUUCAUAAAUCCCCUCAUCAGUCUACACACAAUACCCCAUAAUGACAGAGCAAAAAUAGGUUUUUGCAACAACAACAAAAAUAACAACGGAAAUAUCACCAUUUCAUAAGUAUUCAGACCCUUUACACUUGCUCAAUACUUUGUUGAAGCACCUUUGGUAGCGAUUACAGCCUCAAGUCUUCUUGAGUAUGACGCUACAAGCUUGGCACACCAGUAUUUGGGGAGUUUCUCCCAUUCUUCUAUGCAGAUCAUCUCAAGCUCUGUCAGGUUGGAUGGGGAGCGUUGCUGCACAGCUAUUUUCAGGUCUCUCCAGAGAUGUUCGAUCAGGUUCAAGUCCGGGCUCUGGCUGGGCCACUCAAGGACAUUCAGAGACUUGUCCCGAAGCCACUCCUGCGUUGUCUUGGAUGUGUGCUUAGGGUUGUUGUCCUGUUAGAAGAUUUUAUUUUAUUUGAGGUGAACUUUUGCCCCUGUCUGAGGUCCUGAGCGCUCUGGAGCAGGUUUUCAUCAAGGAUCGCUCUGUACUUUGCUCCAUUAAUCUUUGCCUCGAUCCUGACUAGUCUCCCAGUCCCUGCAACUGAAAAACAUCCCCACAGAAUGAUGCUGCCACCACCAUGCUUCACCGUAGGGAUGGUGCCAGGUUUCCUCCAGACUUGACACUUGGCAUUCAGGCCAAAGAGUUCAAUUUUGGUUUAAUCUGACCAGAGAAUCUUGUUUGUCAUGGUCUGAGAGUCUUUAGGUGCCUUUUGGCAAACUCCAAGCGGGCUGUCAUUUGCCUUUUCCUGAGGAGUGGCUUCCGUCUGGCCACUCUACCCUAAUGAUUGGUGGAGUGCUGCAGAGAUGGUUGUCCUUCUGGAAGGUUCUCCCAUCUCCACAGAGUGACUAUCGGGUUCUUGGUCACCUCCCUGACCAAGGCCCUUCUCCCCUGAUUGCUCAGUUUGGUCGGUAGGCCAGCUGUAGGAAGAGUCUUGGUGGUUCCAAAUGUCUUCAAUUUAACUGUGUUCUUGGGGACCUUCAAUGCUGCAGACAUAUUUUGGUACCCUUCCCCAGAUCUGUGCCUCGACACAAUCCUGUCACGGAGCUCUACGGACAAUUCCUUCUGGUUUUUGCUCUGACAUGCACUGUCAACUGUGGGACUUUAUAUAGACAUGUGUGUGCCUUUCCAAAUCAUGUCCAAUCAAUUAAAUUGACCACAGGUGGACUCCAAUCAAGUUGUAGAAACAUCCCAAGGAUGCUUAAUGGAAACAGGAUGCACCUGAGCUCAAUUUCGAGUCUCAUAGCAAAGGAUCUGAAUACCUAUGUAAAUAAGGUAUCCGUUUUUUAAUUUUUAAACAUUUGCAAAAAUUUCUACAAACCUGUUUUCACUUUGUCAUUAUAGGGGAUUGUGUGUUGAUUGAUGAUUUAAAAAAAAUAUUUCAUCAAUUUUAGAAUAAGGUUGUAACGUAACAAAAUGUGGAAAAAGUCAAGGAGUCCGAAUACUUUCCGAAUGCACUGUACUUUUACCCUUUUAUAUGAUGUCGUAUGAUAUUGUAUCCCUCCCCCCUAUCUCUCUCUCCCUCCCUCGCUGUCUUUCCCUCGCUGUCUCUCUCUCUCCCUCCCCCUCUCUCGUCUCUCUGUCUCCCUACACCAGCCUCUGUUGACAGGUGAACUACCAAUCUUGUGUGUUGGAUCAGUGUGGAAGAGCUGGGAGCUGCUGAAGCCAGGUGGGUUAUAACUGACUGUGUUGUUGGAUCAGUGUGGAAGAGCUGGGAGCUGCUGAAGCCAGGUGGGUUAUAACUGACUGUGUUGUUGGAUCAGUAUGGAAGAGCUGGGAGCUGCUGAAGCCAGGUGGGUUAUAACUGACUGUGUUGUUGGAUCAGUGUGGAAGAGCUGGGAGCUGCUGAAGCCAGGUGGGUUAUAACUGACUGUGUUGUUGGAUCAGUAUGGAAGAGCUGGGAGCUGCUGAAGCCAGGUGGGUUAUAACUGACUGUGUUGUUGGAUCAGUAUGGAAGAGCUGGGAGCUGCUGAAGCCAGGUGGGUUAUAACUGACUGUGUUGUUGGAUCAGUGUGGAAGAGCUGGGAGCUGCUGAAGCCAGGUGGGUUAUAACUGACUGUGUUGUUGGAUCAGUGUGGAAGAGUCCAGUCUGUUGUCAAAAUGUGCUGUUAUGCCAGGAUUUCCUAGCCUGGGUACUAGUCUGUUUGUGCUAACAUCCCACUCCUUGUCAUGUUAAACAUGAUUGGAAUGGCAAGGAGUGGGAUGAUGGCACAAACAGAUCUGGGCUUUUUUCCAACAUUUGGAUGUCAAAAUGACACUAUAUAAACUGGAUUGCUGAUAUUGCUGAUGCUAUGUAUUGGCCAAUGAGAGGCUUUGAAGCCACUGGUCGGCCAUAUUGGCACUCCUCAGAAGACGCAGUCCUCAAUAGGAAUAAAUGGAAUUCUACAAUAUUUCAUUUAAAUGUUUCAAGGACAAAAUUACAUCUAUUUAAGUAUUUAGUUUUUGUAGUGGGGGACAGUAACAUUAGUACUUUAAAUAAAUUAUACUUUAAAGAAAACAUUUGUAUAGACCAGGGCUCUCCAACCCUGUUCCUGGAGAGCUACCCUCCUGUAGGUUUUCACUCCAACCCUGUUCCUGGAGAGCUACCCUCCUGUAGGUUUUCACUCCAAAAACCUACAGGACAGUAUCUCUCCAGGAACUGGGUUGGAGGUAAAACCUACAGGACAGUAGCUCUCCAGGAACUGGGUUGGAGAGCCCUGGUAUAGACACUAUAUAUACAAAAGUAUGUGGACAUUAGUGUAUUAGACUAUGUCAGCCACACCCUUUGCUGACAGGUGUAUAAAAUCGAGCACACAGCCAUGCAAUCUCCAUAUGCAGUAGAAUGGCACCGUCAUAGGAUGCCACCUUUCCAACAAGUCAGUUCUUCAAAUUUCUGCCCUGUUAGAGCUGCCCCGGUCAACUGUAAGUGCUGUUAUUGUGAAGUGGAAAUGUCUAGGAGCAACAACGGCUCUGCCGUGAAGUGGUAGGCCACACAAGCUCACAGAACGGGACCGCUGAGUGCUGAAGCGCGUAGCGCGUUAAAAUCGUCUGUCCUCUGUUGCAACACUCAUUACCGAGUUCCAAACUGCCUCUGGAAGCAACGUCAGCACAAUAACUGUUCGUUGGGAGCUUCAUGAAAUGGGUUUCCAUGGCCGAGCAGCCGCACACAAGCCUAAGAUCACCAUGCGCAAUGCCAAGCGUCGGCUGAAGUGGCGUAAAGCUCGCCGCCAUUGGACUCUGGAGCAGUGGAAACACGUUCUCUGGAGUGAUGAAUCACGCUUCACUAUCUGGCAGUCCGACGUACUAAUCUGGGUUUGGCGCAUGUCUGCUAAAUGACUAAAAUGUAAAUGUAGUGUGUUUUUUUUAUUUGUAUGUUUAGCUAACAUAAUAUAAUUUAACAGUAUGCACUAAGGUGUCUGUAAUAGUGUAAAUGUUGCAAAAACAAAUGUAGACAUUUAUAAAUGCAAUUUCUAUUGCUUUUUUAAAUGGUUAGGGAGUGCCAAGAUGGAGGUGAGAUGGCUUCAAACAGCGCCCCCUGGUCAGUCAUCUAGUGUAUAUAUAAAUAAUUGGUUCAGCUAAUCUCUAUCUUCAGUCUAGCUCAACUCUAACCGUCUCGUCGGCAGGUUUCACACAGGUCCUGGUGGAGUUGGCGUCCACGCAGUCCUUCAGGGGUCGUUUCCACGGUUACAACCUCCUGACCCUGAGCCAGUCAUCAGGGUCGGCGCUAGGCGGCGCGGGUCUCGGAGCGAAGAGCGUGGGCGCCACGGUAACGCUCAACUACGCCGCCAACGCAAACGUCUUCUACCAACACUCCUUUUAACAGCAGCCGAUGAGGAAUCGCCUCAGGACCCAGCUAUAACUAGGGAAAAGUUUGGGAUCGUACCAAUAAUUAAGUGUUUGGGAUUUAUUUCACCAAUGGACUUGAUUUGAAAAAUGUAUGCACUCACUAACUGUAAGUCGCUCUGGAUAAGAGCGUCUGCUAAAUGACUAAAAUGUAAAUG